CUUUGGGCAAGAGAGAAAUUCACCGUUUUACUCAUGAAUUAGGAUUUUCUCCACAGGAAUAACAAGAAAUGUACAGACGCUGGAGUCGACAUGACGUGAAGUCCUUCGUAUAGUUCCUGUCCAUCAAAUAUUCUCAAGGAGGGUCAGGCGGUAUGGCGGAGGGGGAGGAGGCCAUGAGCCAGGAGGACUGGAAGGAGAAAUGUAUGGUCCUGGAGGCGCUGCUCAUGAAGUUCAGGGUGCAGAUAAUCAAGAUUCGGGAGCUCACAGCUGACAAGAUUCAACAAUUGGAGACGCAGGUGAUCGAUGCGGAAAAACGUGCCUUCACAGCUCACCAGCAGGUGCAGUGGAUGGAGGAGAAGCUGAAAGCUCCAGACAAUCAGUCCGCAGACUCAGAGGUGCGUUUGUUUCAGCGAUGCCAGGAGCUGCAGGCCUUGGUGCAGGAGAAGGAGGACGUCAUUGCCCAGCUGGAGCAGCAGCUGGAGGAGCAGAAACAGAUCCGACUUCAGGACGCCAAAACAGUGGAGGAGAAAGCAGCUAAGAUAAAGGAAUGGGUGAUGCUGAAGUUGUCAGAGUUUGAGGUGGAGAACGCAGCGUUAAGAGAAACCAACAAGCAACAGGAGGCUCAGAUUGUGGAGCUGCAGAAACAAGUGCAGGCCUUUGAGCAGAAGUGUGCUGGUGGACGAGGAGUUCUGUGCAGACCAGGUGAGGCCCAGCGUCUCAGCAGCCUGACGUUUGGCUGUUUCCAGGUGAGGGGGAAGAGCCCGCAGGUCCUUACUGGACCAGCACCCUGCCAGAGGACCCUCAGCACCCAGGGAGAGACUGAGGACAGAGAUAAAACUGAGAAGAGUAGUAAGCAGACAGCUUCCUCAGGGACAAACGGUGAAGUCCAGAGACCUGACCAGACUGGACCUCUGGGUACUCCUCUGGAGGACGACAGUGCAUCUGAAAGGCUGGGUGAGCAUGCACGUGGACCUGAGUCUCGUGGUGUCUCCUCCGUGCUCUCCAGUGCUGCAUCAGAGGGGGAGGGAGGAGGAGGGUGUGAGGGCAGAGGGGGACUUGGAGUGUGUGGUCUGGAGUUCAGCCGCCCUGGCAGUGAGACCUACCUGACUGCUUCGGACGACAGCAGCUCUCUGUUUGACGAUGACAUGCAGCGCGCUGACCGACCCAGCUUCAGCCUGCUGGGGUCAACAGAUGGGACACUGGGAGGGUGUAAGGAGGGAGAGGAGGAGGCACACGGGGCCAAGGCGGAGGACUGCACCUCUGAGGAGCUUAAUAAACGUUUCCAGUCGCAGAGACUUGACUCCUCAUCCUCAUCCAGCGAACCUAACACUCCCAGCCCCAUCCUCACACCAGCCCUCACCCCUAAACGACCCAACCCACCCCAGGACCUGAGGGACAACCCCGCAUCACCCAAACAGCCCCGGCUGCGGACCCCAGCAGGGUUCGGGUUGUUGACUGUGGGUCUGGCUAAGAAACACCUGAGCCAGCCACCAAUCAGCACUGAGGCAGCACACGGACAAACACGUAAUGCUCUCAGUAUGCUGCGCCCCCUCCGGCCACAAGAAACUGACCUCGACCAGGAGCAGGAGGUUGGCAUGGAGACGGGCAAGGACGUACCACAAGUUGCACCUACCUUGCGGACCUCCCCUGGUCCACCUGAACCUGGUACAGAGAUCAACACAGAAAGGGAAGACUGUGACAGCUCAGCACCUCCUACACCCCCUUUACACAGGCUGCCCUCCUGGGAGAGUCGUAUCUAUGCUGUUGCUAAAUCAGGGAUCCGACUGUCUGAGACGUCCUGCACAGACUCUGCUAGCAAAGACCCCUCGCUGCAGUCCUCCUAUCCUGCCUUUGUAAUGUACACAUCCCUCAUCUAUAAAAACAUGACUACUCCAGUUUACACUACUCUGAAGGGGAAAGCCACCCUGCUUAGCAGCAGUCCGUUCUCAGAUGAGUCGUCCAGCUCUGAGGAGUCGUCCAGCUCAGGAGAGGAGGACGGCUCCGUCUGCAGCUCCCACACCUCCUCCAGCUCCCGCAAGGACAGCAGCCCAGGCAGCCCGCGCUCGCUCAAGAGAGCUGUGUCCAUGUCUUCAAUGACAUCAGAGAGCGACUAUGCCAUCCCUCCUGAUGCAUACUCCACCGACACCGAGUGCUCUGAACCAGAGCAAAAACUCCCCAAGACCUGCUCUUCAGCCAGUGACAACGGCAAGAGUGAGCCGAUGGAGAAGUCAGGCUACCUGUUAAAAAUGGUGAAGACCUGGAAGAAAACUUGGAAGAGACGCUGGUUUGUCCUCAAAGACGGAGAGCUGCUCUACUACAACUCACCGAGUGAUGUGAUCAGGAAACCUCAGGGUCAGAUCGAGGUCAACGCCACCAGCAGCAUCGCCCGCGGAGAGGGAAAACAAGUCCUCCAGAUAGUAACAGGGAAGCGUGUGUACUACCUGAAGGCUGAUUCCCCGAACCUGCUGGAGGAGUGGCUCAGGGUGCUGCAGAGUGUGCUCAGGGUGAAAGCUGCCAGCCCUCUCUUCACCCAGCCGGAUAUUCGCCCCGGCAUGAAGGGACUUCUCAUUAAGGUGAAACAUGGCUACUCUAAGCGGGUUUGGUGCGCUCUGAUUGGCAAAACCUUGUACUAUUUCCGAAGCCAAGACGACAAGUUCCCCCUGGGUCAGAUUAAGCUGUGGGAGGCCCGGGUGGAGGAGGUAGACAGGUCAAGAGAUUCAGAUGACGACCUGAAGGCAUGUGGGCGGGGCUCACAGGCAGCACCUUUUACCAUCGCCAUCCACCCUCAAGAACAAGGCCCAACCUACCUGCUCAUCGAGUCCCGUCACGAAAAGGAUUCCUGGCUGUACCAUCUGUGUGUGGCAGCGGGCACCACGGUGGGUAAAGUCGGCACUGAGUUCGAACAGCUGGUGGGAAAACUCUUCCAACUGGAUGGAGAUCCAAACUCUCAGAUCUGGAGACACCCCAUGUUGUGUUUCAGUAAGGAAGCUCUACCGUCUCCUCUCACCACCCUGCCUUCACAAGCUCUGCAGACAGAGGCCGUUAAACUUUUUAAGACCUGUCAGCUUUUCAUCAACGUGGCCAUCGAUGCUCCGGCCAUUGACUACCAUGUCUCACUGGCCCAGAGUGCCUUACAAGUGUGUCUGGCCCACCCCGAGCUUCAGAAUGAGCUCUUCUGCCAGCUCAUUAAACAGACCCGCAGGAGGCAGCCGCACAGCCAUCCAGGACCCCUGCAGGGAUGGCAGUUUCUAGCCUUGUGUGUCGGACUGUUUCUGCCACAGCAUCCCUUCCUGUGGCUGCUUCAGGUUCACCUCAAAAGACACGGGGACUCCAGGACUGAGGUGGGUAAGUAUGCCAUCUACUGCCAGCGCUCCAUGGAGCGGACUCAGCAGAAGGGCGAGAGGCAGGCCAGGCCGUCCCGUAUGGAGAUCCUGUCAAUCCUUCUGAGGAAUCCCUAUCAUCACUCCCUGCCAUUCAGCGUCCCUGUUCACUUCCUCAAUAACACCUACCAGGUGGUGAGCUUCGAUGCUUCCACCACAGUGGAUGAGUUCCAGUGUCGCCUCAACCAGGACACUGGCAUAAGGAAAACGGGCUUAUCUGGUUUCAGCUUGUACACUGAUGACCCCACCGGACGAGAGCUGGAACACUGUCUGCAAGGAGGCAUCAAGAUUUGUGACAUUAUCGCUAAAUGGGAGCAAGCCUCAAAGGAGCAGCACACUGGCAAGUCUGAAAACACCAGGAGUGUCCGCCUCACCUACAAGAACAGGCUCUACUUUUCUCUUCAGGUCAGGGGGGAGUCAGAGAGGGAGAGGUUGCUGCUGGCUUAUCAGACAAAUGACGCCAUCGUGGCGGGACACUUCCCUGUCAACAAAGAACUGGCUCUGGAAAUGGCUGCCCUGCUGGCCCAGGUGGAGUAUGGAGACUUUGAGCGUCCCUUCUCUGCUCCUGGAACAGCCCAGACCAAGUCUAAUCAAAUCCUGAAACAGGUUCUGGACAGGUUUUACCCUAAACAUUACCGCAGGGCCACGUCUGAGGAGCAGCUCAGACAACUGCUGCAGCGUCUCUCUGCCCGCUGGGCCUCCCUCAGGGGUCGAAGUUCCCCAGAGUGUGUGAGGAUCUACCUGACCGUUGCCAGGAAGUGGCCUUUUUUUGGUGCCAAAUUAUUUGAAGCAGAGUCCAUAACUCCCUCUCCAGAGCAGAGUGCACGUGUUUGGCUGGCAUUGCAUGAAGAUGGUAUCAGUGUUCUGGAGCACAACUCUGUCAAGCCGCUGGUGUCCCACCCAUACAAGAACCUGAUGACGUUUGGAGGCUGCAAACAGGACUUCAUGCUGGUGGUGGGACAGAGCAUCAGUGGCAAUGCCAGCAAAGACAAACCUACAGAGAAACAUCUGUUUGCUAUGGACUCCUCCAAGAUAAGGGAGAUCACCCUCCUCAUCUCCAGUUACAUCAACAGUGCUCACCAGCAGAAGGCCGCCGCCCACCACCUCUCUGCCCCGGCUCUGAUGGUGGCCCAGCCCAUCAGUCUGAAGAGCAAAGAGCUGAGGAGCAAAUCACCACCAGCACUGGGACGUCCCAGCAAGACCCCCACGCUGCUGUGAGGGAACAAAAAUAUCACGCCCUGAUCUGAUCUUAAAUUUGAAAACGAAGGAUUCAUGUGGCCUGAUGCCACUGAGCACAGCUCUUUCUUCUUAUCUUCUCUGAUCCUGUAGAUUUGUCUCGGUGGAGCAGAUUCAUUUCUGGUAUGUGGAAUGGUCACUUCUCUGCCUACUAAAGGCAGCAAGUAAUCCAGAUGGGUUCGGACUUGUUUCUCUCAUUUGUUUGGUAUAAUUUGAUAACACAGACCAGCAGAGGUUGCAGCACUGAUGUCAUACAGGAUUCCUGGAAGUUGGUGGCCUUUAAUUUUAAGCAGAAACUCAGAAAAGGUGCCUCCCUCUGAGAACACAUGACACUGAAGCAGUGAGCUGUAUGCAUGGGUACAAAAGUGUCUAGAAAUAACCAAGACUCUUUGCUUAACAUUCUCUAAGGACAUUUUUAACUCCGUGAUGAAUGUGUUGCUUUUAUGUGCUGACUCCAAAGAGAAAAAGUCAACACUAUUUAUUGAUAGACUAAGCUAGGAUUCUAAUGUUUCACAAAUCUCUCCGUGCUGUGUGGUCCAUUUUAUUUUAAAGAUACUUUUAUUGAAGUAAUUUCUUGUAUUCUUGUCUUGAAUAACAAUGCAGUGAUACACAGUGUAGAAGAGGGUAUGAUGCUUUGUUAAGGAAUAAUUAAGAGGGUAUUUUUGUAUCUUUUUCUGUCCUCCUGUAGGGCACAGUAACUCUAUCAGAAACUAAAACCCUCACAGUGUUAGAUAUUGUUGUACAAUGAAGGAUACUGAACAAUAUGAUGAAAGCAGGAGGCAAGACUGCAGCAGAAUAACACUGUUCAAAAAGUGCAGUGAAAAUGCUCGAGGUUUGUGUGUCCUGUUUGCAAUGCAAUAGAUGUAGAGUGGGUGAGCUGGUGGUGUCGGGUAACAGUAGUUUAUAAGAGGACACCAGUUUGGACCCUUUGUUACUGAAUAGCCAGAAGAGUGGUGGAACUUUAAUCAUGUACAAAUAGUUCAAGCGUUUCUGGUGGAAUGAAUAACUGAAAUCAGCAAGAGGCCUCCCCUCUGCUUUUCACAUGGCGUCAGUUAGAGAAGUAGCACACGGUUAGAUUAAUUUAGAGGAAGAUGGUUAGGAGGAUGUGACAAAUGGGGUACAGGUUGGUGGAAAAUGUAUUGUGAUUCCUGAAGGGGAAGUGCAGUUCUCUCUCUGUUCUGUUUACCUGGCGUGACACCGAAUAUUAAGGUAUUUUAAAGAAGCAACAGGAACAGAUACAGUGACCCAUAUAAUGUAAAGAUAAACUGGAAAGUAUGUAAGGUACUUUAAACAAGCUGAUUUUCCCUACCAGUGUUAUCUUAAAGGGACAGUUCACUCCCAAAGCCAUAAUACAUAUUCUUUCUCCUACCUGUAGUGCUAUUUAUCAAUCUUGAUUGUUUGGAUGUGAGUUGAGAUGUCUGCCUUCUCUCCAGUAUAAUUGAACCAGAUGGUACUCGGCUUGUGCUGCUUAAAACGCCAAAAAAAUACAUUUGAAAAACUCAACAGCAAUGUCUCUUUCCAGAAAUCAUGACCUGGUUACUCAAGAUAAUCCACAGGCCUUGUUGUGAGCAGUUUCAUGUCGGAACUAUUUUUUUCUACAUCUGCCAACCAUGUUAUUGUGCAGAAGGAAGCGUGCAUCUACUGCUAGCUCACCUAGCACCACUGAGCUAGCUAAUGUGACAGCUCAGCUGAGGAGGAUGCCAUUAAUGUUUACAUCCUGUGCUGUCACAAGUACAAGCCUCUUGUCCAUGAGAUGCACACUUCCUGUGCAGUGAUACAACUGGCGGUUGUAGGUCAGUAAUAAGAAAAUAGCUCCUCUGAAACUGCUCAUAACAAAGUCUGUGUACUAUCUUUAUUACCUGGGUAAUGAUUUCUGGAAAGAGACACUGCUGUUGUGUUUUUCAAAUGUAUUAUUAAAACAGCAGACAUCUCUACAGCAUAUAUCUCCAACAAUCAGCAAAUCACAGCAAAACAAUCUAGAUAAAUAAACAGUACUACAGGUAAGAGGAUGCAUAUGUGUUUUUGAUUUUUGGAUGAAUGGUCCCCUUAAGCCUGUAUACAGUGAGUAUUGUCAGGUAUUAUAUUUAUUUGUCAUAUUAACUAAUCAUGUUUGGAAUAAGUCUUAUAAUGCUUGAAUAAAGUAAAC